UCGUUCAUUCCUCCACUGAACUUGUUCAUUUUCCCUGGAGUAAUCAGUGAGUGCUUCCUCUUGUCGCCAUUGAGGCAUCCCCUUCUCUCAUUCUGCAUAGGAUUCUUAGCUUGUUUGUUGGGCAUUCAAACUUCCGCUGAACUUAGCUUAGGUAGAAUGAAUGUUACUGGAGGAAAAAACAUUUUGAGUGUGAUAAUUCGGUCGGGGUUCAUUGGGAGACUCAGCUUCAGCUAGUAUUUCAAGUCGUGAAUCUUGUUGGAGCCUCUUCGGAGGUAGGAGUUUCUGUGAAUCAGUAGCAGCGAAAAGCACCUUAUGAGCCAGUUGUAGCCGACGUCGAGGGUGAGCUUGGUGAGUUAGCUGCUUGAGUUUUUGGGACUGACCCCGUUCAGGGCCACACUGUUGGGUUACUAGCUGCCCUGA